AUGGUACAGAAGAGCCAGGAGCGACAUAGUUCUGCGCUUGAAUCACAUGUGAAUCUUUGGGAGGAUCCAUCGAUUGUUUGCAACCAAGCGGCUUGUGCAAUGAACAAUCUACCAGAUGAUGAAGCUGCUGAGCAGUUCUGCUUCCUAGAGGCUUCACAAGUUCCUGAGCCACAGGACCACCUACUCACAACGGGACAUUUAGAUUCUUGGUGGUGGGACGGCCAUAAUAAUACUGAAUAUGAGCUACUCCCAGCACACCCAACUCCGGCUGAAGUGCAAGUAAGGUUCAAUCUGCAAUCGAUUGAGACGGCGAUCAACCAUAUCGGUCCCAGCCAGCUUGUGGCAAUUAAGGGGUCUCUUAAUGAAAUGGUUAGUAAGAUCGAUUCUAUGAUUCAGCCCGAAGGGCUACCGUUCGAUCCUCCUGCCCGCCGGUCUCCAGAAGACAAAUUGCCCAGCUUGGCCUUCACUGAUUCAGGCUAUGGCUCAACCACCCAUAAGGAUCCAAAGACGACCAAACGUAACACGAAGAUCAACGAUGGAGGUUGUCGACGUCCAUCAAUACAUGUAUAUGAAGGGCUGAACAAUCCUGAAAGCAACAAAACAGAUGAGUAUGUUGCACCUACAAGAGAUUACGAUGAUCAAAGCAUCUACUCCGCUGCCUCAACUAUAUCUGAUACCGUGAAAGGAAGAUAUAUCAUGGAAUUAGUUGGCCUUAUAUCUAAAACCAUACAACCAUUGCAUCCUACGACUGAGAGUCUAGACCGUAUGUCAGAAGGGCUUCCCGGACUCCUGAGAGCGUUUUCUCUAAGCCUUGGACGUUCCUCAUCAACGCAGUCACACCUCGAUGUGAUGGUUUUUAUCCAUAAAUACCGGGUUGAGAUUAGUGCGGCUCUCAUUGACAGUUUAUCCGAAGGUCUUGAUCAAGAGCAGGAUAUGGCGGAUGGCGAAGAUCGAAAUUCUGAUAAAAUGCCUUUACAGGAACUGAUGUCCCUCUGGCAUAGCAAAGGGCCACCGGAGCCCGGUUUCAAUGUUGAGGAAUCCCUGGAAGACAUGGAAAAUGAAGACCAGGUUUUGAUAGACUCCAGUAAGGUAGACGGCGAGGAUAGUAAUCUGCCUCAACUUCAAUCAUAUAGGGCGCUUAUUAUCAAUUCCCCGUCAUACAAGUGGCUUUUAACCAUUCUUCACCGAGAAUGCAUGCUAGCACCCCCAGAAGCCAACGUGAUGCACCAGAUUCGAGAUUACAUACUUGCUGUUCUUCCAGUAUCUCCCAUUAUCAGCAGAAAAACCCCUACAAUGGCAUUCGAGGUUUUCGUACGGUUGAACUGGAAUCCAAUCGCCUUCUACACAGAACAGGAAUACGCUGAGAGCCCAAAGGAUGCAAUGGAACGGGCGAUAACAUUAACGGGUUCGCGUACGACAGCCCAGGCGCUGACAUGCAGCCAGUACAUGAGCCAAACCUGGCCAUUGACUGGAAUUCAAAUUUUGCAAUUGAUAACAGAGUUUGCUUCAGGCGAGCAUAACAACCCACCUUUUGCCGUCUUACCUGAUGGGACCACAGUACAGGUUUUUGCAGAAGCUCUACAGUGCGACAGUGGUACAUACCCUGCCGUGUGGGUAGCUAUCCGUGGAACAGGGGACUCCAUCGCAGAAGUUGGGGAGCAAUUUGCGUGGCUUGGGUGUGCUCUUCGCUCAUCACCUGUCGAGUCCGGAAUCGCCUGCUGCCGGCCAUUCAUCAAACAACUCGAGAGAGGUCGGUUUACCGAUUUGCCGAUGUGGAAUGCAUCACACAUCUUGGAAAUUGACUUUAGCCUACAUCAUGACGAACAAGACGUGACAAACAUGACGAACGGAUGUUGCUGGUAUGGCUUGUUCAGAAAUCCGGUAAUUGUGGAAGGAUACCCCAUUCCACGUAGACCCGAACCCAACACAGGGCUGGAGAUUCCCCUCCAAAUAUUGUCGGGGCUCACGCGAACGCGCCGGGUGAAUGUCUUCGGUGGCAGGACUGUCCUGAAAGGGUUCUCAGUAAUGCUUGUUCCAACAGCAUAUUGCGAAGGUAUUGUUUUCUGGCACUUACAACAAUCUGACGUAGGCGAGCGUCUUUCAUAUCACUCGAGCGAUGAAUUUCCUGCUCUCGACCUGUACAGUUCAGAUUUGGAGAGAGCCAGGCACUUGGUGGGAUGGUGUCCUGCUAUGAAGCUCUAUGCUGGCGCGCCGGAUGCUAUUUAUGCCGUGGAAGAGUCUCGCCUCCAGCGCCCCAGUGGAAAAAGCACUCUCGCAGAAGUCUCCAUGUCCACAGGCCAUAUCAUCACAGGGGAUACCGCCUUCAGUAUUGGCCAUAAAGACAUUCAUGUCCGCCGAAACUGCUACGUUGCAAAAAUGAGAUGGAUUUCGCAGAUGUUCCUAAUGCUCUGGGACGUACAGAUGAAACGCGGUUGGCUAGUUAACGGCGCCAGUGCCUUACUACAUCUGGUCCGAGCGUCUCUGAAGCAAGACAAAAGCAACAAAUUUGGCUCUCGAUUGAUGUUAGCCUCGGAAGACAUUCAAGACGCCAUCGACCCAUACCAACAUGACUCGGCACUGGAAGUCCUGCUCAACCCGUAUAAUCUGAAACUCAAGGUCUACGAGGAAAAGGACCAUUUUGUUUACUUUGAGGACCGCGUGGAGGACUUUUAUGAUUCCCUAGAGAAAAUAAUCGAUUAUCAAGCCAGGGCUGAUUAUAGCCAGGUGCCCCGGUCGUGGUUGGAAGGAUGGGAUUUCACUGAUCUAGCCAAGGAGCGACCUCUCUUCUAUCCACGGCGAGCCAUUAUUGACCCGGAGGGGCGCUCUUGGGUAGAUUUUUCUAGAUCCAUCCACACCGCCAUACUGCUUGGACGGAACUUUGGGGAUAUUAUUCAGCCAGUUGGCCAGCCGUGCCCUGAGUGGGCAUCGCUACCAGUCGGCAGGUCUUAUCUCGCAGCUUCAGUACCGGAUUUGGAAAAUAUAGUGAGAGCAUGUGGAGAUCUCUAUGCGUCACCGAUGAGACUCACAAAUGACUUGCUUUGGUAUAUUCCGCAGACGGUAUUUAGUAAGUGUCAGUGUCUUCAACUGCGUAAUGGCAAUCACUCCGACCUCGCACAAAUCAUUCUCCCCGAGAGAAUAGCUCGGGGCUUGGCUAUGGAAUGUUCCACGUACCCCGGGGAUAGCGGUGGCAUUGUCUUUGGCUUUGACACAAAUCACAGAUGGUACUGGAAGGACAAGGGCGACCCAUCAUCGGUGGAUCUAGAUGCCUCGUCUAAUCUAGCAGGUUCAACUGAGAAGGAUCAUGCCUCUUCCAUUGAUAGUGGGCUAGGGAGAAGCACAAGAUCCACUCUUUCAAUAGACAGUAGCUCUAUGACCAGUUCAACGUUCCGCCAACAUGCGAAUCUUUCCCACGAAGAGACGUCGGGGUCAAGUCGGCAGCCACAAGCGAUGCAAUUUCGUCCAAAGGACUAUGCUGUCGGAAUCAUAUGUGCCCUGGCAAUAGAGCUAAAGGCCGUCCGCGCUUCCUUCGACGAAACACAUAACGAAUGCAUCCCUCCGGCUGAUACGCAUGCUUAUGCCCUAGGUCGCAUAGGGAAACAUAAUGUUGUCGCAGCCUGCCUUCCAGAUGGCGAAUAUGGUACCAGUUCCGCCGCGGAUGUCGCAUCUAAUAUGAAGCGCAGCUUUCCUGCAGUCACGUUCUGUCUGUUAGUCGGGAUCGGUGGCGGUGUUCCGUCGCGAAAUCAUGACAUACGCCUGGGCGAUAUAGUCGUCAGCACACCGACCGGACCAUACUCCGGGGUCCUGGCGUAUGAUCUCGUCAAAACGUUUGAGUCUGGCAAUUUUCGGCUGAAUGGCUGUCUGGCCCCACCUCCACGCCAUUUGCGGUCUGCGAAUUAG